AUGCAGGAUCUAGGCGUGAUCGUCAAUUACCGCAAGAAGGUGAUGGACAUCGAGGAGGCCGGAGUGUUCAAGAAGCCGAUCAAACAAUCACGGUCGGGACAUUUCCUCGUAGACAUCGGAGAGUAUGGCAACCCGAACGAGUUCCCGGAGUGUUUCCAUAUCAAUGGCAAGAUGGACAUGACCCCACAGGAGGAGGCCGGCGAACUCGGGUUCAAGGACCUCUCGCGUGUUGGAGUCCUACAGCGAGGUAGGAAGAAGCGGUUGCAGAGGACCACGAGAGGAGUUGCGGAUGCGUUGGCUGCAGAGGCGAAGAGAUCCGUCCACAAGGACCCACCGACGGUGACGUCGAGAUCCAAGAGGUGGAAGUUCCUAGAGAUAUUCUCGUGGACGCUUGCUCUAUCGUGCGAGGCGGCGGCGCAAGGGUGGCAGGUCAUGCCGCCAAUUAGCAUCGGGACGGGCUUCGACCUCUACACACGUUCUGGGCGGGCACGAGCCUGGAGGGAGGUCGUCGACAACAGGCCGGACGUGGUGGCCAUGGCUUGGCCCUGUGACCCCUGGACGGUGAUGCACAACUACCAGGCACACCGCCCGGCGUUCCAGAAGGAGUUACAGGUGCGACAACAGCAGUCCCGCGGAGCGUUGAGGUUCGUGAAGAGGGUGGCUGACUACCAACGCAAGCGCGGAGCCUACUUCUACGGCGAAAACCCGCUCACAAGCAAGGCUUUCCAGGAGGAGCCAAUAGUGGAGCUGCUGAAGUCGCACGGCACGACGGUGGUGGACAUGUGCGCGUUCGGGCUCCGACAUCCAGACUCGGAUUUACCUAUUAAGAAGCCGUCGCGAAUCAUCAUGUCCACGCAGACAAUGGCGGACAAGCUCGAACGACUGUGCCCAGAACACCGACAACACGCUAAGAUCGAAGGGCGAUUGGCUAAGCAAAACAUGAGGACGAGCACGUACGCCGGCGGCUACACGAAAGAGUUUGCCGAGGCCGUCAUCAGCGUGUUCAUGGAGGAGCCCCACUUGAAGCCCCACCUGAAGUUUUACUUGAAGUUCUACCUGAAGUUCUACCUGAAGUUCUACCGGAAGUACCCCCAGAAGAUCCUGAAGGACAACAACCACCAGAGCCUCAAGAGCAGCAAGUACCUCCGACGACAGCGGAAGAGGAAUCUGGGUCAUUGCGGCCGUGAAGCGCUACUACGAGUGAUGAGGUUAGGCGUGGCCUCCCAGCUGCACCUGGACUACGCGAAGGUAUGGCAGUGCGAGGUGUGCGCGAGACGAGCAGCUCCAGAGGGACGUCGAGUGGUGUCGAGCCGACAGAGACCCACGUCAUUUGGGAUCGCGGUCGGGGUGGACACCAAGGAGCUGAAGGACGCGAGUGGAGGCAAGUACCUGGCCCUGAAUUGCGUGGAUUUCGCGACGAAGUUCUCGUGCCUGAUCAUGCUGGAGAAUCCCUCCAGUGCAGAGGCAGCCAGGAUGUUCAUGACGAAGUGGUGCGCCUGGGCCGGAGUACCUAUUGUGUGUCACUCCGACAACGGCUCGGAGUUCAGGGGGGAUUUUGCAUCCUACGCGGAGUCGGUGGGAAUCACGAUGAGAGUGGUGCCCACGGAAAGUCCGUGGCAACACGGGCUGGUCGAGCGCCACGGGGCCGUCGGCAGCGACAUCGCGCGCGCGAUUGUGGACGAGUGCACCAUCCAGGGCCCGGCCGAGAUGGAGUUAGCCAUAGCGGCGGCGAACAUCUGCAAGAACCGAAGAGUGGAUCCAUCAGGAUACAGCCCCAGGAUGAGAGUUUUCGGUUGUGGAGACCGGUUACCAGGCAGCGUGCUGGACAGCCUCCUCAGCGACGAACAGUACCCAGAGAUCGCCGUGCACGACGCGGUGCUCAAGGACUACCAGGUCCAGCGGUCGCAGAAGAUACGCGAGGCGGCUCAGGUCGCGCUGGCGAAGCUGGACAACAGUGACAAGUGGAGGAAGGCCAUCGUCCACAACUAUCGACCCACACCUUCGCCGUGGAUGCCCGGAGAGUGCGUGUUCUUCUGGCGAGCGGCAGGUGCCUUCAAGCCGCAGGCACGAUCUACAAGACGAGCAGACCGUUGGCACGGUCCAUUUGUCAUCCUCGGCAGGGAGUGGGGACGCGAAGGCCAGAACGAAGCGUAUUGGCUGGUGUUCAACGGGAACCUCCUGCUGGUGGCACCACAACACAUCAGGUCGGCAACCCCAGAGGAGCGCUUGGCGAGCGAGGCCAUCGGCAGCAUCCUUGAGAACUACAACAUGGACCUGAGCGGGAUCUCGAGGGGUCAGCAUACGUUCGAAGACUUGAGACCGAGCUCGAUGGCACCUGUGGUGGAGGCGGUGUUCAACCAAGCCGUCGAGACCCCAGUCCCGGACCUGGACACGGAGACGCUGUACGUGAUGAACGACGUGUUCUCGCUGGAGCUCCGUCCCUUUCAGGCAGGCACCAAGGGGAAGGAGCUGGACUCGAGGAAGUUCACGAAGGUGCCGGCGCGCUUCGUGCAUACCCUCAAGGAGGGCCAGCCGAACAGCCGACUUGUGAUCCCGGGACAUCUCGACCCGGACAACCAGGGCAAGCUCGGCAUCAAGCAUGCGAAGCGCAUGGUGUUGAUCCAGGCCGGAUUCCAGCCGCUCAAGACCAUGAAAGGAGUGUUUGUCAUUCGGAACGACAACGGCAAGAUCGAGGCGGUCCUAUGUGUUCACGUGGACGGCGGACUCUGGGGCGGUACAGGCGAGCGGUUCGCCAGAGCGAAGGAGAUCGUACGCGAGAAGCUCAACGUGACCAAGGAGAAGCAGGGUCAGUUCGAGUUCCUCGGCCGGCGCAUCAAUCAGCUGCCGGAUAAGUCCAUAGAGGUCGACCAGCACGAGUACAUCGAGAAGAUGGAGAAGAUCUUCGUGCCGGCAUCCAGGAGGAAGGACCCCGAGAGCAAGGCGACCGAAGAAGAGCUCUCGAAGUACCGCAGCCUGGGACAACAAUUAUCGUGGCCCGCGCGGACGACACUACCUGGUUUAGCCUAUGACGUCAGUGACCUGCAACAGCGGGCGCCAGACUUGACGGUCGGCCAGCUGUGCAAGGCGAACACGGUGUUGAGCAUGGCCAAGGAGAUG